AUGAAGAUCGCAGCCUUCAAUGCCAAGAACCUGGGAAUAAAAAAGGUCACAGACAAGAAUGUCGUCAACUACCUCACCAAGAUCAUGUCUCAGUACAGUGUGGUGAUGAUACUGGAGGUGAUGGAUAAGAGCGGUGAAGCCAUGAAGACGUUACUUCAAGAACUCAACAACACCAGUGGCAAAAAGAAAAAGAGUCUUUACUCCAUGACCACCAGCUCCCAGCUGGGACGAGACACCUACAAGGAGAAGUUUGUAUGUUUCUACAGAGAGGAUGAGGCGACACUGACGGCUUCUUACCAGUAUGAAGACAAUCAAGCUGGAGAUGAAGAUGCCUUUGCCAGGGAGCCGUUUAUCCUGCGCUUCAGCUGCCCAACUACAGUUGUGAAAGACCUGGUGCUGAUCCCAGUCCACACCAAACCAGAUGACUCUCUAAAGGAGAUCGAUGAGCUGCAUGAUGUGGUCAACGCCAUCAGGAAGAAGUGGACGACAGAUAACAUUAUGAUUCUUGGGGACUUUAAUGCAGAUGGACGCUACCUCUCCAAGAAGAAGAUGAAACAGAUCCGCAUCCGCGCCGCUCCCUAUCAUUGGCUGAUAGACGAUGAUGUCGACACCACGAGCAGUAACUAUAACGACCACACCUACGACAGGAUCGUGGUGUAUGGACAGACCAUGCUGGACGCCAUCGUUCCCGGUUCAGCAAAGUCUUUCAACUACCAGGAAGAGUUCAACCUGACUGAUGAAGAAGCUCUCAGUAUCAGUGACCACUAUCCUGUGGAAGUGGAGCUGAAGACGGAUCAGAAACAAAAAGUACCGGCACAGAAGAAGGUCCCUGUGCCCCGAACAAUAAAGCCAAUGCUCGCCAAACCACCAACUCCGAAGAAAGCACCACAGAAGAAGAAGGGGGGUAAGACGGCCAAAAGGAAGCCCAAACAGUCAGGAAACCCACCGGCCAAGAGACAACGCCUCAACAAAUGUUAGACAGAUGUUUAAGAUCUUGCAUCAAUUAAUAAUGUUAAAUUAUUAUUAUUUUUAGCUAGCACUGCUUAAAAAUGAUUUGCUUCUCAAAGCUGAAAUGUCUGCCUCUCUCUGCCUGACCGUUGAACUACAACAAAGAUGGCUUGAAUGUUGUGGAACGUGUAUCUAUUAUCACUUUUAACCAGGUCAGUACUUCUUCUUUGUGCAGAAUGAUGUAUGUAUAGCGUUAAUCUGAAAGAGAUUACUCUUUUGAAUAAAACAUGUAUUUACUGUACUGUAACAUUUAAUGGUUUAUAACACAUUAUAAUGUUGU